UUGAUCAGGUCGCUGGAGUUUUAGGCCAUUAUAGCUGCAAGCUCUGCAACCUGAAGUUUGGCUCAAAGCGAUCUCUCGGAGCUCACGUUAAAGCCCAUGCAUCCAAUUAUGGUUUCACUGACAGUGACAAGAUAGGUUUGAAAGAUGAGCACGAGAGGACAAAGGAUGGUUGCAGAGGAGAAAGAAAGAGCACAACAAUAGAGAAAACAAAAAAGCAUACCCAACAAGAACCAGUGUGCGCUCUGUGCACCAAGAAAUUUCCCUCGAUGAAGGCUCUGUUUGGCCACAUGAGGUGCCACCCAAAGAGAGAUUGGAGAGGGAUUCAGCCACCGGAAAAGCCUGUAAUCGCCAGAAAGAAUGAGAGGAACCUGCAGGUCAAAAAUUCCAGCAAUGGCGCACAGAUGAAUUCUGUGGAAAGUUUGCCAUACCAUACCAAUAGCACCAUAACAGAAGAGAGCUCGAAAGAACAUUAUCCUCUCCCUCCCCUCUCAAAUUGGUUGGUCACUGGAUCUGGAACAAGAACGAACAAAACUGCCAGGUCCGAAAGUAAAGAUUUGCAGAGACAGAGAUUUGAGGGAGUUUCAAAAAGCAUCAAACAAACUGUGCAUCACUUACUCAUUCUUUCUCAAUCUCAAGGAAAUUUGGAGGAAUUGGGUUUCUUGGAAAAACAAGAAACUGACAAGGAAAGCCUGGAAUCGGAUCCCAAAAAGAGUGAAAUCCUCCAUGAAAGCUUCUUAGUUUACCGUCGUGGCCAAUGGAAGAAGAAGAAGGAGGUGAAGAGGGAGGCGAGAGCUAUUGAGGCAGCUGCUAAUUCUGGCACACCCCAAGAAGGUGAAAUCAUUUCAAACUGCCAUGAUUCAAAGAAGAGGAAGCUUUUCAUUGGAGUCUCUGCGGCUAAUAACUCUGAGGAGGAGGAAGUAUCACAAGAGGAUGUUCAAGUUUCUGGAAUUGGGUCUGAGAUUUCAGUGGCCUUCUUGAAAGUAUCUGUCAAUAAAAGACCAAAUAUCAGCAGAAUUCCUGACAAUUUCUCGCCAGAAAGGCAAGGGAGCCAUAUAUGCACCAAGUGUAACCAAUGGUUCAAUUCAGGUCAGGCUUUAGGUGGCCAUAUGAGGAAACAUAUUGGCAGAAAGAAGCAUCUAGCCAAGUUGAAAGCUCAUCAUUCUUCAAAGAGGUUGACAAUGGGUUCUCAAGUUGAAUUGGGAGGAGAGAGAAAGAAUGGGGUAGGAGAGAGAAGGAAUGAAGAGAGAAUGGGGGUUAUGGAUCUUAAUGGGGUGAUGCCUAUUGAAGAUGAGGAUUUGAAAUUUGCUAUAAGUAUGUUGGAGGUGGUGCCCGCUUAUGCUGGUUAUGUGAGAUCUAGACUUUUCAUGAUCUCUGAGGCAUAAUUCAGGAGUUUAGGAAGCCACAGAAAGAGGAUUUUGGGGUCCACAAUUCAGUGGUUUGGAAGAUUAGAGACCAUUUUUUGGGCAACAUUUCAGUGGUUUUGGAUGCAGCAUUUUUUUAGCACAGUUUAGUGGUUUUCUACGGGGAAAAUUAUUGUAUAGAGUGAUGAAUUCAUCAAUUGUUUUAGGAAAAAUCUCCAUUGCUUUUGAUAGUUAUUUAUGCCGACAAAUUGUUGAAUUUAAUUAAGUUUAUGGAGCUUUUGAAAGUUAUUUAAGCUGACA